CGCGCGGGAAGGAGUCUUAUAGUGUUGCCGCAUCCAAGGGUGAAUGUAAACAAAAACACGCGAUGGAUUGCAAAAUCAUUGAAUUGCGGGCGGACAGGAAUUUGCUGAGGAGUAAUUUCGAUGGAUACAAACUAUCGCUAGAGCCUGUUGCAAUUGUGAAGGAGAAACUCCAGGCCACUCCAGAUCGAGUACACCAGAGCGAUGCUCAGUACAGUUUCCUUCAUGCGGAGCUGUUCAGUCUGCAGAAUCACUUGAUCCACGAUCCCUGGACCAGCGACACCAGUUACUACAUUGACACGACGUGGAUGGUGAGGAGGGUGCAGUACGGUCUGCAAGAGGGGCGCUUCAAGCCGAUUGGGAGUGUUUUCCGGGUGCGAAAGAGUGCAGAGAGACUCGCUGGACACUUCAACUUGACAAUCGUGUUUAUCUCUGAGAAGUUUGCGGUGAUUGGAGAUGGAGUGGCUUGGAUUGAGAUUGUGGACACGGGAGACAGGACAAGAGCACAGGAGUGGAAGCAAUUGGCUCACGUGAGGGCAAUUCCGGACGAGAAGGCUGGCUUUGUGCUGCGAGAUGCACGCCUGGAGAUUCAAGAGGAGUGCCGAAAGAUUCACUGCCUCCUGAUGCGGAUUGAGCAGACGGAUGGUGUAUUCGAGAGUGUUCUCGAAUGGAUUGCCAUUGACUUGAGUGAGAAGAAAGUCAGCACUCACCGGGAAUUGCGGUCAAGAUCGUCAAUCUUUUACUCAGUCCUCACGUCAAACUCUUCCGGAGUGAUUGUGGCUGCAGGAAAGGCUGUAAAGUUCACUUAUGACUCCGAGAAUCCCAUUGUUGAUGACAUCCCGAAUGUCCAGGAGGAAGACUACACUUGGAAGCAAACGGAUGAAGAUAUAGUGAUUACAUUCCGCGAGAGAGAAGAAGCAGAGAAGUCAGAUUAUCAGGUGAAGUUCAUUGGGAAAGAAAUCUCUGUGCAGUUCAAGGAGGACAUUGUUCUGAAGGGAGAACUUUUCGCGGAAAUCGACAAGGAUUUGACCACGUGGAAUUUGCAUAACAAAUCCUUCCAAGUCACUCUGGUGAAAAGUGUUGAGGGCGAAAACUGGCCUCAUCUGCUUCCCGGAGAGAGAUUGGAAGAGGAGAGCCAACCGAAUGAGUCAGAAAUCUUCUCGCUGGACAAUAAAAUUGAGGACUGUGAUCGUGGCGAUGAUGAUGCUGAUCACUUCUUGGCCAGAUUUGACGGUGGAACUCACAGAAUGACUCACAAAGCCAAUCUAGGGAGUUGUUCACCACUUUUCGCAUUGCCAUCUCUGCGACCAGGACAACCAGCUGCAAUUGCCCUGCGUCACGACGUCGAUUGCUGCCUUUGGCUACCACUUCAAACGCCUGGCGAGUGGAUCCUCCGGCACGAAGGCACUCUGGACGCCUUUGCUUAUGUGCUAGCAUCGAAGCAACAACGGAAGUACGUCUCCUGUGCCCCGGAUCUGUCCUACGCAGUGAUCUGCGAGCCUGAGCGGCAUGUCUUCAUCUACAAGGCGAAGUACGACACUGCAACUGGCCUGAGGAAGCGCUCAGGGCCCCAAGUGACUCUGGGGCAGCAGAAGGUGGUAUCACUGGAGAACGCAGGCGGGCAGGUGAUAGGGAUGACUGUGCUCAAUGAAGUGACACUGUUACUCACUGAAGAAUCUAUUCUCAGUCUGCAAGUCAACAUUGAACAGUGAAAUACACAACUAAUCCGUGUCGGAGUCUUCAAGGA